AUGCCUUUCUCUGGAACAGUUCUCUCCAUUGCUGCCGUGGUGUCCUUGAUCACUGCCUUUCCGUGUCCCGGAGCGGGACGUACCAUCGACUACUAUCGAUCCCUCUUUUUCAAACUGCACAACAUCGAAGAUCACCAAGGAAUACUACCCGAAGCCCGAGAGCUGCUCCUUUCCUUGCUGUCGGAAGCAAUCGCAUCCAACCCCCCCGAGAAACACAGUGAUGUCCUUGCCAUCGAGGUCUACAACGAAGACCAAUUGCUCGCAUUUGUACACGACAGUCACAGGGAGGUCGGUGAAGCGUACAAAAAGUACAUUGCGGGCCGGGAAGCGGGAGGCCCGCGGCUCCUCGCAGAAGAUCGCGAACAAGCGGCGGUGUUAUUGACCCAGUUGGCACCUCUCAAGCUGGUGGACGGUGCCUGGCUGGGACAUAUUCAUCACAUCACCACGCCAUUUGAACUUCGACCCAUCACGAAGCAGCUCUGGCAGGUGCUAUCGGAGGAGCUCGGCGACGGGUCACUGCACCUCCACCAUGCACAGAUCUAUAACAACCUCUUGCAUGAUCUAGGGGUGCGCUUGCCAGCACCGUAUGAGCCAAGUUUCAUAGAUCCCGCGCUCCAGAUGAAGAGCCUUGGCGCAUGGAAGGCGGCGGUAGUUCAGCUUCUUGCUUCGCUAUUUCCCGACGAGUUCUUGCCUGAGAUUCUGGGGUAUAACCUGCACUUUGAAGGGCUGAACCUAGAAACCAUGGUCCUGUCGAGAGAGAUUCAGGAACUCAAGCUAGAUGCGCAAUAUUUCCUACUCCAUGUAUCCAUUGAUAAUGCCCAUUCUGGGCACGCCAUGAUGGCUGCACAUGCAGUCACGGAGUACCUCUCCCACAUUCGGAAGAAUGAGGGGUCUCACGCCGCCAACACAGCGUGGAAGCGCAUCCAGGCGGGCUAUAUGCUGUCCUCAAAUCAGUCAAGACACAUUCAGAGGGAUAUAUCUUCGUUGUCGGCAGAAAACGUCCACUGGAACAUGGCUUCAGAUGAGACUCUCACCCCGGAAGUUGAUACUUACAAUAUUGCACAACUGCUAGCAGAUAAGGCUGCUGUGUCGAACAAGUUGCAUUCCGCAUGUCGUGCCCGAAUUGGUGGAAUGCCGUUGGCCGAAUGGCUAGAGUCAAGCCUCGGUCGUCCCAAGAGCCAGAUGCGAGAUGCGCUCCGCGAGUUGAGCAAUGCGUCCCCAUGGAUUGUCAAGGGCGAUCCCGAACGAAGCAAGUUGAUCCGUGAGCUCAAAGUCGGGGGCAAGAUGUUUGGCGCAUUUACCGUGGGUGAGAUUGAGCGUUUGAAGAACUGGAUCAUCUCCCUGGGUCCGAAUGAGCAAAGACAGACAGCGUAUUGGGACUUCACAGGUCGAAGCCAGAACGACCGUUGUGGUCCUACCUCCCUGGUCACCACACGUUCACCGUCGGCAUCAAUUCCAUUUUCUGCUGAUCUCGCACUCGAUGAAUCCAUCUUCAAAGCGCCUUUGGAAUACCGUCCAAUCAAGUCUAGCGAUUGCAAAAUGAUCUUGCCUUUAUGGUUCGCGCACAUAUCGCUCCUAGAGUCAGUGGUCAGCAUUCCCACACGUGUUGCCUCGGAGCUCGGGGCAGCCAUAAUUCGGGCUUUGCGCGCCCAGUACAACUUCAGUCCGGAAUCGGAUGGUGUGACUGGGAUGGACGAAGUGAAUCGAGCUAGCAUGCCGGAUCUGGUUGAUAUUGGGGUUGAAAUCAUCCAUCGUCAAGGAUUUGCACCUUUGCCAAGAUCGAUCGCGGAUAUUCUGAGGGCGUGGCCUUCAACAUCUGCCGAGAUGCUAUUAAGCACGUCGAAUUCACCUGUGAGGAACCUAGAUGUCCUGCUGGGGAUGUCAUUGGCCUUUCUAGGCCUCCAGCGGUCGGUCCUACGCUCUCCUGCUCUCCUGUCCCAUCGCAGCCGGUCUGCUUUGAAGAACAUCGUUGAACGCGAAACCUCGUGUUUGCAAGUGGCGUAUGAGCUUCUCCGACAGGACAGUCAACGAAUGCAAGCCUUUACCAAAGGUUAUCAAUUAGCCCAAAGCAUACUUGGGGAGACCUUGGGAGCGGCCGAAUAG